CAAAAUAGAGAAAGCCAAGUACUUAGAACUAAAAUAAAAACAAAAAUAACACUUAAUUAAAUUAACUGAAAUAGGUACAUAUAAUUAAAACAUAACUAAAAACAACCCUUAAAAUGAUAAAACUAAAAAUACAUAUCAAAGAAGUCCCUGGGACUCAUGGGGCUUCAAGGUUUUCUUGCUCCUUGUACGACGACCGACGGGAGUAACCAUCGGGGGUUACGGUGGCAAGCUUCGAUGGGCCAUGCUAGGGCGCUCGUCGGUACUGUGUCGGCUUCGAUCCGUGGUAGGCGGCGCUUCCGGGGUCGAGCGGGGGACAUCCACGCUCAUACGGUGAGGGGUAGGAGGCCACGGCUGAUGAGGGCGAGGAAUAGGAUUGAAGUCGCGAUGUGCAAUCGUGGAGGAACCAUCAUGCCAAGUACCGGAGGAUGUGGGGGGUUCGUUGAAGAAGUUUGGGCGGGGAUCUUGGGGGUAGAUCGGCCGAGGAUCAUAGUAUGGUGGGUGAGGAUCAUAGUAUGGUGGGCGGGGAUCUUGGUAUGAGAUCGGGCAGGGAUCAUAUGGGGAUUGAUGGUAGCUCGGAGGGGGUUGAUGGUAGCUUGGGCGGGGAUCAUAGUAUGUAGGAAUGGCAAUGGGGCAGGUCCGGGGCGGGUAUCUCGAUACCCAUACCCGCCUCAUGGCAGGUCGGGUCCAGGUCGGGUAAUUUAUCACGGGGCGCGGGUCGGGGCAGGUCGACCCAUUGGGUAUGUAAUUUAUGCGAAAAACAUUAGAAACAUUCGUUAUUUUCAUUAAAAGACCAAGAAAGAAACCAUAAUAUGAUAAAAUGUAGUUAAAUUAUUGAAGAAAUUGAGGUUUUCACUUAUUUACAACUUUAUUAUAGCUAAAAUCUAAUGUAAUAAGAGGAAAAUCCUAAAUAAUUUGACUAAUAUUAUAUGUAAUAAUGGCAAGAACGGGUCGAGAAUGGGGCGGGUCAGGGCAGGUCGGGUCGAUGAGAGGUACCCAUGCCCGCCCCGGCCCGCCUACGGGGCGGAUUUGACCUGCCCCAAAACAGGUCAAACAGGUCGGGUAAAUCGGGUCAGGUCGAAAUUGCCAUCCCUAAUAGUAUGAGCUCGGGGUGGGGAUCAUGAUGGUGGCUCGGAGGGGAUUGACGGUGGCUCGGGCGGGGAUCUUGGGAAUGGCUCGGGCGGGGUUCUUGGGAGUGGCUCGGGAGGGGAUCUUGAUGUGAGCUCGGACCGCCACCGUGUGCCACAACCAAGGGGGUCGGCACUCUCCACGCCUUCAACAGUCUUAUCUAUGACACAUGAGGUUUUUCCCGUACCUUCUUGCUUUUCUUUCUCUCGUAUGGUGGUGGGGGUGGGGGACAUCAACUUGUACAGGAGGUGGCACCGGUGCGGGCAUGUGUGGGUAUUUACGAUGAUCAUGACCUUGUGUUCUAAUACAGCCAAACAGACUGUUUGUCAUCCUCUUGAUGAAUGUCACGUCUUCACUGCCCAUUUCAUGUUUCCCAUGGGUCAAAUCUUUGAUUCGCUCGAUCCCAUCAGUCUAAAUCACAUAAAAUGGUGAGCAAGAUAAGACUAAUGAUACCACAGAAUGAAACAAGCAAUAAAUUUAAUCUUAUUAGACGGAAUAUACUUAUCAAUGCACCAUCGGCCGCACCCUCCGGAGUAACGUACCGAACCGAUGUUUGCCGAUAUCUAUCCAUGUAUGGGUCAUGAUACCCCAUUCGACCCACAUUUGUUGGAGUGACAAUAUCCUUAAGCUGUCGGUUCUCCCAUAUCGCGAUCAUUUCCGCCAACUUCGUGGGCCAAUCGUGAGUACCUUGCCGACCAUCUCGGUGGUGAAACGCCCUUUGACUCUCGGGGACCUCCAACGGAAUGCGCUGCUCCCGACCAAACUGACGAAUGCAUCGAUCCGGCAGGUGCCAUUCCACGGUCCCUAAACAAAUGAGAGGAACCCUCGUGCACCAUUGUCUGAUAUUCUCGGGGAAUUGCAGUAGAUGCCAAUGAACGAUGUUCGUCGGGUAUGGAUCGAAUUUGAUCUACGAAAACAAAAUUAGUAACUUAAGUUAAAUCCGAUUGGAAAAAUACAUGUACUCCAUGAAAAAAAAUUAUAGCACUUAUAAGUAUUCUAGUUACCUCUCCUUCCCAAUGUCGCUCUAGCCUCCUCCGAUACUCUACCAACUUGUGUUGGGCAAGGUUGUCGCAUGUUGAGGCUCCAACCCACCUUAUUAAUAAGACAAUAAUAUAAAUACAAUAAGCUAAAACAU